UUUUAUAUAUUGAUGCGUAUCAUUAAAGAAAAGAUGUAAGAAGCGAUUCACUGCUUAUCUGCAUAAUGGAUGUCCGUGAACACGAGAAAAAAAGCUUUGUAAUUGUUUGAAUGCUCAACUAAAAUAUGUCCCGACACAAAAUAUCUAUCAACAAAAAAUUAAAGAACCAUCCAGUAUAUAUUAAGCCUUCAAAUUUUGAUUGUACUCUGAAUCAGCAUUUAUUUAUGAAGAGGACAAUUGUCGUUAUUUCAUCUAUAGUUGUUAGAAUGUUCCAGUCAAUAUUGAAAAGUCCAUAGUAGUAACAAACAGAAACCAAAGGCGGCUACAACUCUUGUCUGCCCUUUAGUCAAAUUAAUCAUCACUUUCCUUCCUCUUUCCAGUUCCAACUGCUCCAUCCCCUUGCAUUUAUACUUGUAUCAUCAUCAUCCUGCUGAAACUGACCUGAGUUUCCCUCAUUCUCUCUAUCUCCACAUCGAGAACUUACAGACUUUUUUGAUGGAGAUGGAAGUGAUGGUACCGUCAGCUCACUUGGAUGAGAGUAGUGCUUCUACUACUCCUUAUAUUAGUGCUUCUUCAAGCCCUCAACGUUACGGCGUGUUUUUCCUCAGUGCACCUACUAGUCCUGCUCGUGUGUCUGCUGUCCUCCAUGAAGACGAAUUCAACAUGAUGACAACUGGUGAAGUACCGUUCGAUUGGGAGGAAAAGCCUGGAAUUCCAAAAUCAGGUGGUACUAAUAAUGAUGAUGACGAUUUUGCUUUUGAUUUUAGUGGACAGUUGGAGAGAAGUUCAGUUUCAGCUGCUGAUGAGCUUUUCGAUGGUGGGAAAAUCAGGCCUUUGAAGCCACCACCAAGGUUACAGUACAAUGAAGGUGAUCACAAACCAGUUGGUUCGCCUAGAUCACCGAAGCAAAGGUUCAAGCAGACGUUCUCUCCACGAAACAAGAAGGAAAUUGAUCCAUUUGCUGCACCCAUAGAACACACUGCUGGAAAUUCUACAAGUUCUAGGCCAAAAAAGACGAGAUCUUUAUCCGUUCCUGAUCUAGAAUUUGAUCGCGAAAGCAAUCAGGAAGCUACAAAGACUAGCUCCUACUCUUUGUGUUCGGUUUCAUCAUCGAUAUCACUUUGGUACAGGAAAUGGAAGCUGAAAGAUUUGUUUCUAUUCAGAAGCGCUUCGGAGGGGAGAGCAAGCAGUAAAGAUCAAUUAAACAAGUUUUUAAAGAAAGCUCGGAAGGAGGAGGACGCGAAGACUUCAAGCUUUAGAUCAACUGCUAGUAGUGUUGGAUCAUCAUCGGUGUCAUCAAGAUCCUUGAUGAGGAAGAGGGAUAUUUCGGCUCAUGAGUUGCAUUACACGUUGAACAGGGCAUUCUCCGAAGAGAUGAAGAGGAAAACUUUCUUGCCAUACAAGAAAUUAGGGGUACUAGGUUGCUUAGGGUUCAUUCCAUCAAUGGAUGAUACAAGUUUUAGAAGUAAUGCUUCUUCUAUGUCCAUGACUCGUCGUCAAUAAGUCCGGUUAUCUACUUCUUUAGGCUGAAUACAUCAUAUGCAGCCACUUAAACUUGUCCAAUUUUUGCAUUUAGACACCUGUAUUAAGAGUUGUAUCUAUUGCACAUUAGCUAAAUUGUACCUAUUAAACACCUUUAUUUAACAAUCUGCAAGGAAUAAAGGACGCGUGAAUCUCAAACGCAAUGACAUUCUAACAA